AUGUCAGCGUCGCUUGAUUCCCUCGGCCCCGAGCUCAUCCACCUCGUUGUUUAUGAACUUGAAAAGCUCGUCGGCCCUGCGCGACUUCCCCCGUACGCCCUCGUCAACAAAAGGUUCCAAGCCGCGUUCAGGCGACGGGAAAUCGCCUGGUUGGAGGUAUCCAGUCACGGCUCACGGGAGUCUUUGCUAACUGUCGUUGGGAAACGCCCGGUGCAACGAAGAGCUCUUAGCAGCCUUCAGUACACAACCAUCCUGCCUACCUAUCCUGAUGAUCAUCGCUACUGCCUGGAGAAGCGCAAAGAGCAUAAGGCCAACCUUGCGGCAUUCGAGAAAAGCGUGACAGCUCUGUGGAACGAGCUCUCCUCCUGGACUGACAAAGCCCCUGGUUCACUUCGACUCGAGUUGACGGCGAAGUCCGAAACCGAUGACUGGACGGAUUGGGACUUUGACAACGAGGCUCGCUGGCUUUACCGUGAAUAUAGCCUGGCCCUUGGCGAUGAAAGCGUCAAGUUGCCGACGCUGGAUUGCGUUUACAACUUGGUUCUUGGGGCUGGGCGUCGUAUCCACCCACGAACGAUGGGCGAUAUGAUCCUUUCCCUGCCCUGCUUACGCUCGCUCGACUUGAGACUCCCGCCUGGCCAUGCACGGAAUCGUGCUCUCCGCGCGGAGUAUCGGAUUCACCUUGCCAAGGCACUCGAAGCGCCGACCCUUCAUAGGUUGGAGAAUCUGAGUAUUGAUAUGGCCGAAGAGACACCGGAAAACCAUGAUUUCCAAGUAGCAGAACAGGAAGAUCCUGCAUAUCCAGCUGGGGACGUGUUAUGCCACGCGAUACGCAAACUGGCCCAAAGGAGUCUCCGCGAGCUACGACUUGAAGGAUGCCCCAUCUCCCCGGCGCUCUUUACAUCUGGGAAGAAAAAAGAAGACGAGGCUGGUUUUCCCUACCUGGAAUCCCUGAAGAUCACAUACCCCAUUUACACCUAUGACGGCCGUUGGUACUAUGGAGGUAACCCAGCAACAUAUAAACCAGAGGAACUCCACGAGAAAGAACUCGAGAAGAUAGAGUGGGACACCGAGGACGAAGGCAGGUCCGAUGACGAAUCUGACCGCGAGUCUGUGGCCAGCUUCUCAAACGACCCCUGGCGCGAGCCGCUAAACCGUGACCGGGCAGAUUUCUUCGACGGAAACCUGCCAGAGUACGCUUGGCGUCGCAGGCCUGAGCCAAAGACGUUCAAUCCCCUAGUCAAAUCUCUCGCCAAGGCAGCUCUCCGUAUGCCAAAGCUACGGUCUCUCGUUGCUAUCGCCAAAGCACAAAGGCCGGGCUUGAUGAACCAAAAGAGGAUGCGUGAUCUCCACAUCAAGUUCCUCGCUCCUGGGGCGGACAUGGGCUUUGCCGUCAAGGAGCACUAUGAACUCAUUGGCAAAGAUGGUACCAACUGGCCGGAUAUUGAGCAAGUCGAAAAAGAUAAGGCGAAGUGGAGAUGGGCUAUAUGUCUCGGGCCCGACAUUAACUCGAGGUGGACACUGCCCAAGCCCACCGUGGCGCUCAUGAAGGAGCGGGUUGGGGAGGAGGCCCCAUUCGUGCACCUCAUUAUUGAUUUCCUUAUCGCUCUUCUCACUGGAACAUCACCUGCCACCACCACCUCUACCAAUCCCACCGUCUCCACGAUCAACACCAGCCUCAGCGCUACUACCGCCAUCACGACGACCAGCACCACCAAGACCAACCUCCAAAACCCCGGCGAGGACGACCGAAACGACCCACCUACCUCGCAAUCCCUCCCUGACCCUCCAAACCCCGGCACCGAGCUUACAUCAUACCUCUCCACCAUCUCCUCUCUCCUAACAAGCACAAACACCUGGCUCUCCCACAAAAAAAGCGACACAACAGGCAAAUGGUACAAGUUCGCGAAGAUUAUGACCGCCGGCUAA